CGUGCGUGGGAACCCACUAGCAGCUUUUUUGUCUUUCUCUCAUUUUCUCUCUAUCUCUCUUCUUCUUCUUCUUCGUCGUCCUCGAUUAUCAUAUUGUCUUUUGAUAUUAUAUAAUCUAUAAUUCUUCUAUAUAUAUAUAUAUAUGUACAUUACAUCUCAUUACAAAACAAAACAAAAGGGGGUUUCUUUUUUUUUUCUUUUUUUUCUCUCUCCUUUUUUUACCCUCAAAAACAGUAAUGAUUUUCUCGUUAAGGGUAUCAUUGUUGGAGGAAUCUGGGUAGUUGUUUUUGUUUGUGUAUGUGGAGAAAAGGGUAGUUAUUAGAAAAAAGAAAAAAACAAAAACCAUUCUUUUUCCUUCUCCUUCUCUUGAGAAAGAGAAAAAGAUGGGAGUCCAUUGAUUUGGUCUUGAAAACAUUUGUUUGUUUUUUGGGGUUAAGAUUUCUUUGCAUUCUAGACUAAUUUUGUGCUUUUUGGGGAGAGGCAUAUUUUUUUUUUUGUGGUUCUCUCUCUAUUUUUGUUUUUCCCUUAUGUCUCAACAGAGGCAAUUUCAUAACAUUAACAGCAGCAAUAAUAGCAGCAGCCUUAGCCUUGGAGGUCAAUACAAUGAUACCACUUUCACCAAAAUUUUUGUUGGAGGUUUGGCUUGGGAGACUCAAAGACAUACCAUGAGAAGGUAUUUUGAACAAUUUGGUGAAAUCUUGGAAGCUGUUGUAAUUACUGACAAAAACACUGGCAGAUCCAAGGGUUAUGGCUUUGUAACAUUUAAAGAUCCUGAUGCUGCCAUUAGAGCCUGUCAAAACCCUUCGCCUGUUAUUGAUGGAAGAAGGGCUAACUGUAAUCUUGCUUCUCUUGGUGCUCAUAAGCCACAUCCUCCCACUCCUCAACAUGGUGUUGGUGGAAGAUUUAGAGGUGCAUCUGGGAUUGUGACACCUCCUGCUUAUCAUGUUUCUUCAUCAUCUUAUAUUCAUCAACCCACUAGUCAAUACUCAUUCCCUCUUUCAGGAUAUGGGUUUGCUGGAUAUUCACAAGACAGAAUUUAUCCAUUGAACUAUUACGGUGUUUACGGGGGCCAACAGUUUUCUCCUUAUUACUCUGCGAAUGGGCUCUCAGGACCGGCUGGAAUGUUUCAAAAUCUCUAUCCGUAUUACGCUCAAAGUAGCCAGGGGUACGGGUUUGGAAUGCAAUAUCCACACUUAAUGCAGUACCCAUAUCUUCCUCAGCAGCACAGUUCGACGGGUAUCCUAUCACUUCCUGGCUCGAACGCAUUGGGAACGACAACUUCAGGUACAACAGCAACAACGAUAACAGCGGUUGGAUCAGGGCCUUCACAAGCUUCACCUGCAGUAGCAUCUGAACCAAAUUCGUCGGAGUUAAUUUCAACUGGAUGAUGAUAAAGUCUUUCUUUAUCACACGCUAACCACGUAGACAAAGCUUGGAAAACAAAACUGUCUGAGGGAAUACUGAAUAACAAUGGAGAGGGGGGCAAGUUUCUUAAGUCGUGUGAUUCGAUAAGAAGAAAAAGGAAUCCAUGUUCCAGCAUCAUCGAGUCGUUCGUUAAAAGUCGGUAACAAGCAUAUCCCAGAGAUGAAUUACAAAGUUGGUUCAGUAACAUAUCAUAUCCAUCUCUAUCAACAUUAUUUUAUGUUUGGUCCAGUGUAUUUGAAGAGGAGUCUACAAGUAGUUUGUUUAGAACUAGGUGAAGAAUUUUAUUCAUUCAUGUAUUUUAAGCGAAAAGACUGGGAGGAACACGAAAGAAGGCGCUUUCGAUUCUCCUUGUCUUGACGAUCGUGUUGGGGAAGCAUGGAAGCAUCCUAUGACACACUCUUGUUUAUAUAAUUUAACAGUGAAAUGGUUCAAAAGAUUGAUUUUAUGUCUUUUGAGCAUCACAAUUUAUGGUUGGUCAACAUGGAAAGGCAAGCUCCAAAAAGCUUAGCUUGGUUGAUUUGUAAUUUAUGGAUCUUCUUUUGAUUAAAAUACUUUUGGAUUAGUUAGAACAUUAUUGCUUUU